AGUCAUAGUUAAUGUUGGUUUUCCUUGGUUUCAUACAAAUUGUAGUUAAAAAUAUUUCUUUUUUUUCUAGAAAUCAAGAUGGCACAUGAAAUACAUUUAAAGAACAACAAAUACAGGCAGUGGGUUAAGGCAGGCCUAGGCUUGGGUUAUCUUAAAGAGGGACUUGCACCAUUUUGUGAUGACAUAGGAAGACAGCAGUACAACUAUAUCAUAAACCAAAUACAACAAACAAAGACUCCUCAACCAAAUGUACCGUGUGGAGUCUGUCAGAUAACAACUCUCCAGCCAGACCAUGUUCGAGUCUCAAAAGGGAUAUGUCCCCUCAAGCAAGAUAAAUGUAACUGUUGCUUUCCAAAUAAUAAGACACCAUGUCCAAACAAUGUAUGUGGUGCCAUCUAUGACAGCAUUAUACAGAAUCAUGCGUCAAUACCACCGGCACCUUAUUGGAAAAACAGUGAUGUCCAACAGUGGUCAACAGACCCGUGGAGUAUUAGUAAAUGUUUUAUUAAUGCUCCUGGGUACAAGGACAAACCAUCAGCAGUCGAUACCGACUGCACAGGGUUGCUUCAUGUUAUCAUAAAUAACACAUAUUUUCAUAGUCAUAUUGGAUGCAAUAUUACAGGACCAAACAAUCUUUUUUCAAAGGUACGGCAGUAUCGAAAUGAGAUUUUUCACUCAAGCAAUAUGGAGUUAGAGGAGAGUAAGGCUAAUUGUUAUAUUGAUGACAUGAUAGCUGUUCUACAAGAUAAUAAGGGGAAGGCUUGUACAUCGACAAGAAUGGCACAACAAGCUGUAAGGAAACUCCAAGAAUGUAAGGGCUUGAAGAUAUCCUUGAGAGAAAUCAAAGACGAAAAUGUCAAAAGUUCUAAAAAUCAACAGAAAAAUUCUGCAACUAAAGAUGAAUAUGAUGAUCUGAAGAAGAAGCUAUUGCAACUUGAAAGCUAA